UGUUAGUAACCGCCCACAAACUUACUCAGCCAGGUGACAGCUGAGCUGACAGCAGGGAAGUACCUCGGCUUCACUCCAGUCUACGCAGCAUAACAAACGAUAUCGCGGCAACGAUUAACGCCGAAUCGAAGCGCGCUCACAUCCGGACGCUUCACCGCGGAGAGCGAGUUCCCUGCUUGUCUUACGAGAGGUAACGUCAGCAUGUCCGAGGCGGCCACAGCGGAGGCGAAGCUGGAGGUGAAGCAGGCGAGCAAGGAGGUGAAGGAGAGCGAAAACGUAGCGGAAAAAUAUUCAGCCAUGACCGUGAGCAAGAACAGCGAAAUGAACAUGGGAGAGCUGUCGUCCGUCUUCAGCGCCGUGGCCACUCACAAACCAGUGAAGAAGCAAAUCACGUUUGUGGAGGACAAGCAGGAGUUCAGCCGGUUCCCCACCAAGGCCGGCCGCCGCUCCCUGUCCCGCUCCAUCUCUCAGUCGUCCACAGACAGCUACAGCUCCGCGGCAUCAUAUACAGAUAGCUCCGACGACGAGACCUCGCCUCGGGACAAAACCCAGGUCAACUCCAAGGGCAGCAGCGACUUCUGUGUCAAGAACAUCAAACAGGCUGAAUUUGGCAGACGUGAGAUUGAGAUCGCAGAACAAGAUAUGACCGCGCUGAUCUCUCUCAGGAAGAGAGCGCAGAGUGAAAAACCAUUAGCAGGUGCCAAAAUUGUGGGCUGCACUCACAUCACUGCCCAGACUGCAGUCCUGAUCGAGACCCUGGCGGCUCUUGGGGCUCAGUGCCGCUGGACCGCCUGUAACAUAUACUCCACGCAGAAUGAAGUGGCGGCUGCCCUGUCAGAGACAGGUGUGGCUGUGUUCGCCUGGAAGGGGGAGUCUGAGGAUGACUUCUGGUGGUGUAUCGACCGCUGCGUCAACACCGAGGGUUGGCAGCCAAACAUGAUUCUUGAUGAUGGAGGAGACUUGACACACUGGAUGUACAAGAAAUACCCCAAUGUAUUCAAGAAGAUCAGGGGCAUUGUAGAGGAGAGCGUCACUGGGGUUCACAGGUUGUAUCAGCUGUCUAAGGCUGGAAAACUGUGUGUGCCGGCGAUGAAUGUAAACGACUCCGUGACAAAGCAGAAGUUUGACAACCUGUACUGCUGCAGAGAGUCCAUCCUGGACGGCUUGAAGAGAACCACAGAUGUCAUGUUUGGAGGCAAACAGGUGGUCGUGUGUGGUUAUGGCGAGGUUGGAAAAGGAUGUUGUGCUGCUCUGAAAGCUCUGGGAUCCAUUGUCUACGUGACAGAGAUCGAUCCCAUCUGUGCCCUGCAGGCCUGCAUGGAUGGAUUCCGGGUAGUGAAGCUGAACGAGGUCAUUCGCCAGGUCGACAUCAUCAUCACAUGCACUGGGAACAAGAAUGUGGUAACCAGAGACCAGCUGGACCGGAUGAAAAAUGGCGCCAUUGUUUGCAACAUGGGACACUCUAAUACUGAGAUUGAUGUGGCAAGUCUUCGAACCCCUGAGCUGACCUGGGAGAGAGUGCGCUCUCAGGUGGACCAUGUCAUCUGGCCGGAUGGGAAGAGAGUUAUACUUCUAGCUGAGGGGCGUCUCCUGAACCUCAGCUGCUCCACUGUCCCUACCUUUGUCCUGUCCAUCACAGCCACCACUCAGGCCCUGGCCCUUAUAGAGCUGUACAAUGCUCCAGAGGGACGAUACAAAAAGGAUGUUUACUUGCUUCCCAAGAAGAUGGAUGAAUAUGUUGCCAGUCUCCAUCUGACUACGUUUGACGCCCACCUGACAGAGCUGUCUGAUGAGCAGGCAAAAUACCUCGGCCUCAACAAGAACGGACCUUUUAAACCCAACUACUACAGGUAUUAAUUAGUCUGCAAGGGAAUCGCCAGUACACCUGAAUGUGGACAGUACCUGACAUUGCCUGUCAAAGACAAACAAAAGAUGUAUGUUUAUUGUAUUUUAUACUCUUCACAUGCACAGCUCACUGUAUAUUUCGUAGUAUUUCACUGGUCACGGCAAACACAACUUCAUUCGCAGAGGGAGGCGCCCACCUGGCAGUUAAAAGUCAGCAUAACUGCAGCACUCGCAUGCAGUUUGUUUUUCUGAUGCAUCCGUUUCCAUACUUGCCAUCCUGAUUGAGACUUCAGAUCAUACUGAACGCUGUAUCGACAUAUUGUGCCAAAUGACUGUGACGGAGGAACAUUAGAGUUGUUGAGAAACUUCAAUAGUUAGUCGUGAAUCAGUUACAUUUAGUGAGAUUUUUGUAUCAGAUUCCUUCAUGAAAGGCUUAAGGGUGACUUAUAAUGGAAAAAUCUACUGAAGCUGUUAGCCACAUUUAGCUUGCUUGUUUUGGCUCCUGUAUAAAACCCACUAACAAGUCAGUGUUAACUGCUUGCUCGUAAAAGAAAAGACAAAUAUUGAGCAACUGAGUGGACCAAGGCUACAUCCACACUCCUUUUGUUUUCGUUUUAAAAAUGUGAAACUCUGCCCCAGAUACACUCGCCGUCCACAUUACCCAGGUGUCCCAGUAUUAGCUGUGAAUGCAGAAAUACUUUGUUUUCAGACGUCCCUGCUCUGCCUCCUGUUUCCUCCAGGACAAACAUGCCCAGUGUAUCUGAAUAUGACAUGAUACGUGUUUUCAAAGCCGUGGUAGUAUGGAGGCACGUUACUUGGAGCUGAAAUGCUCGACUGAAAGCAGAUUUUUAUCUGAAAAUGUCUGUUUUCAAAUGAAAAUGUUGUCGUAUGAAUGUAGCCCAAGUCAGAACUAAAUCAAUUAUAAGAAUUAGGAGCAGCGGGCAGUAAUGGGGGUUUUGGUACCUUGCUCAGGGGUACCCCAGCCAUAUCGAACCGGCAACCGUCCAGUUACAAGCCUGUGGAUAUUGGGCUGCAGCAGGUGGAGACAGACGUUUUCACAAUUAAUCGUCAGUGUUUCUGCUGGGUGUUUGAAGUAGGCCACUGUUUACUUACAAAUGAGCCAUAACUGGAUUUUAAUGGUCUGUGAGUGUUUUUUUUUUUGUUUGUUUGUUUAAAUCCCCUAAGUCCUCUUUCUAUUUGAUGUGGCGGCACUUAUUCACCUGAUACAUUCCAUCUACACAAUGCAUAAGAAAUGUCCAGACCUCUUUAGAAACCAUCAACAUUAUUGCUUAGCUGAUAAAAUAGUCUUCAGCACUUGUGACUAUGGCAAACAAAAAAAAAAAGAGUUUUAAUCCUUUAUUUUCUUGGAGAGAUUUGUCCAUUUUUUUGAGGUUUUGGUAUCUGGUAAAAAAAAUAAAUAAUAAUAAUCUGCACCUCAGGGCUCAAAUGACCUAUAAAUAUAUUUGUAUCACCUCUGCAUGGGCUAACCUUCAAAUCCAUGUCCACCCCCUCUGUCAUUCUCAUCAACAUAUUAAAGGUUUAAAAUAAUUAUAGAUAUUUUGAUACUCUAUGACAUAUGCCAUAUACAUAUUACACGUCUAGAGUAAGUUGAUUAUUACAGCUUUGGAUUUUCUUUGUGACGUAUGUUGAGCCGUGUUGAUUACAGUAUGUUUGUACUGUAAAGGAAAUCUGAAUAUGACCUUUAACAGUCAGUGAAUUGUUUGAUUGUCACAGAACUCUGAUCUUGUGUUGACUCGAGGGUGUUUGUAUAUUCAAGGUUUUAUCAACGGGAAUAACAGUAAACCUAAAGUCCUCAGAUGCUCUGGGCAAAGACAGGGAUAAUAUUUGUUUGUCAACACAUUUGCUGGAUAGAUGUAUUAAAUUAACCGCUGUUAUGUUGCUCUGUCGCACCGUUAUUAUCGCUACUCUAGUGCUAGUGUUACCUAAUUUUGCGCCUUGUUUCAAAGCUUGAGCAGUGUUUACUGUUAGUUUGUUAUGAGCACAAAGUUCAGUAUACUACGCUUUGUUCAUGUGUGAUGAUUUCUUUCUUUCUUUUUUAAAUCAGUGGACACAUUGGGAAAUGUACUUGAGUGAUUCACUUUUAAACUCCAGACAGUAUGCUGUAGUGUGCAGGCACUAGUGAUCUCUCUGAAUGUUAAGCUCUUCAACACAGGCCAACACAACACGACUGUCGGCUCAUCUUAACGCCGUUUUUCUGUCCCUGACGAGCAUCCGGCACCUCGUGGUGCCACUUUACAAUCAGUAUCUUUUCCCCAUCGCCAUUCAAAACUUUCUUGUACUUAAUUAUAACUCCACCCACCACCUCUUAUCUUUGCACUAACAGCUUUAAGGGCAUUAGAGCCAAGGACUUUUCAGUGAGGACAUCAUUGUCGGCGAGAUGAGUGCCGUAACCAUGGUUACUGGCCACUCGACACUGCCUUGUGACUCACUUAGUAAUUUCUAUUCACACGAACAACUGUGUGUACUUCUCUUUCAAGUGUGACGAUGCCUCACAUGGUUGUUAUUCUGCAAUAUACUGUACAUGAAUAGCUAUGCAGCUAAAUAUUCUCAGUUCACUGUGUUUGGAGAGUUAUUUAAAUCGGUAGUUUUAACAGAUUACAUUUUUACAAUGUGGCGCUCUUAUGGGUUUUUAAUCACACAUUACGUUUGUUUUGUUUUAUGAACUACUACAGUGUCCUUUAAGUGGGAGUGUGAUGUCUUUGAAAUGUCAUCAAAGACAUCAUCAUAAGGCUCCGUCCGACUAACACUUAGGGAGAUCUCUUUCUUUACUGUCCUUGCUUAUCUGUCCUUUGACCUUUUAAUCACUGAAAUAUUUGAGAGUAUAAAUAGAAGUAGGAGUUAUUUCAAAAUGAAAACAGGUUCCUCCAUGUGUAGUUGGAUUACACAAAUACUGUAUCGUCUCUGGAACCGACGGCUUGGCUGGGAAACUUAAAUCAGGACGUCUCUGAUCUGACUGGCACUGUUGCUGGUUUCAGGUUUUUGACGUAGAUUAUGGUUUUGUGUAUGUUUUAUGAGCUGUACGCCUGUGUUUCAUUCAUUCAUACAUUGUAACUGUAGUUAAGUUGGAACACACUCGCUGUUGUGAUACACACUGUUGAAUUUCUUUGACUGUUCCCUUUAAUAAACUGCUUUUAAUUUGA